AUGUCGCUGCAGCGCAACAUGGCCCUCCUGCGCCGGAGCGAACAGAGCGGGAGCCUGGCCAGCAGCGCGCCCAGCAGCGAGUCCGCCUCCGCCUUCGACCGCAUGUGGAGCGCCCCGAGGAGCCGCGCCCCGAUGACGGAGGAGGAGCUCGCCGCCCUCUGGCCCGCUCCCGAGCCCGACGCCGCGAGGGAGGCGGCGCCGCCCCUGCUCCCCGAGGCGGCCGCUCCCGCGGGCGAGCCGUCGGGCUGGGCGGGGGCGGCGGUGCGGGCGCUCCGCGCGCGGCUGCCACGCGCAGGCCCCUGA